UUCAGACGCUCGGGUCACACAUUCAGACGCGCAAUGGAAUCUCCGGUUCGGCUUCAAGUCAGUUCAAUGAGUUGACGUUAGCUAACAACUAGCUAGCUGGUUUAAACCGAGCAGCUUUACGCCCUAUACUUUAAAUGAUAUUAUUUUAGGUCAGCAAAAGUUGUGUGCCUCGGAUAAGAAAAACAAAACUCCAAAAGAACAUCUCUAGCGCUAUGCGGUGAGAAAGCAAAGCGGGUGCACGGGUCCUUAAAUCCAGCCCGCUGGUCGGCCUGUAACUGCGAUUCUUUCGGAAACAAGGUAUGUCAUGUGACCCAGAGCCUGUCUGAAGAUGAGCGAAGAGGUCCAGGCCACGGUGGAGUUCUCCGUGGAGCUGCUCAAGUUCUACAACGUGGACCUGUUCCAGAGAGGGUUCUAUCAGAUCCGGGGCAGUCUGAAAGUGCCACCAAGGAUCCCUCAUCGGAUCGACGCCAGCUUACUGCAGACGGCAGCCUCGGGCUCAGAUCUGGCCUUCCCCCCCUCCGUCCAUGAUGAUGUCAUUCACAGCAAGACCUUCCAGAUCCUGUACAAGAACGAGGAGAUCCUCCUCAACGACGUGCUGGUCUUCAAGGUCAAGAUGCUCCUGGACGAGAACAAGGUUGAGGAAUGUCUGAGUGAAAUGGACUUCCAGCUGUCCUUAGACCUGCACUUCACUGACGGAGACUACUCGCCUGAGGACCUGAGCUCCUUGCAGCUGAUCAGCAGCCGAUCUCUCCGCCUGCACUUCAGCCCCGCCCAGGGCCUGCACCACCACGCCAGCGUCAUGUUCGACUACUUCCACCUGUCAGCCCUGUCCGUCAGCCUCCACGCCUCCCUGGUGGCCCUGCACCAGCCCCUUGUGAGUUUCCCGCGGCCUCUGAAGGGAACGUGGUUGAACCGCAACGCUCCAGUGCAGACCCGGGACUCUGUGGUGCCCGAGCUGGAGAGCGUGGUGUUCGGGAGCGGCUACCUCCGCCAGACCUCCCCGGAGGGCGGCAGGUUCUCGGUGUCGGACCAGUGUCUGCAUCACGCGUACAGCCUGCACCGGCGGCUGGUCUCCACCCUGCUGCAGGCCUACCAGGGCCUGUUCGGCUACUUCAGCUCCGUGACCCGGGACCUGCCCUCCUCGCACCGCAAGGAGCUGGCCCGGACCAGCAUGCAGGUCCUGUACGAGAGGGUGCUCCGGAAACCCUACCCCCGGGACCCGGCGCUCCCCGGAAUUGAGAAAACAGAGGUGGAGACCCGGCUGGCUGAACUGUGUGAGCAAGUGAAGAAAGCCCAGAGGCCUGACGAGCUGGCUGAGCUGGUGAACAUGAACCUGGCCCAGCUGUGCUCUCUGCUCAUGGCCCUGUGGGGGCAGCUGCUGGAGGUCGUGACCCUGCAGGAGGAGGUCUCCGCCCUGCUGGCCCUGGAGCACCACACACUCAGGGUCCGAAGGUUCGCAGAGGCGUUUUUCUGUCUGGAGCACCCGAGGCAGAGCGCGCUGGCCUAUCAGGAGCUGCAUGCUCAGAGCCACUUACAGAUGACCGCUGCCAUCAAGAGCUCCGCCUACUUCCUGUCUCUGCCCCCGCUGCCCGUGGAGUGUGCCGAUCUGGACGGUGAUGUCACUUCCUUGCCCAUCAUCUUCGAGGACCGGUACCUGGAGUCUGUCACAGAGGACCGGGACGGGCCCUGGCAGGGCGCGAGCAGCGGGCGGAGCCGGUCGUCUUCAGGGGCCACGGCGGGCCGACCCGACCCCUCGCCCCGGUCCCUCCCCACGGGGCCCCGCAAGAGGCCAGAGGCCGAGGCCCGCAAGAAACCCGCAGGGCCCGUUUGUGAGGACUCUGGGGCGCCGGAGGCCCGAAACGAGGGGGAGGGGCGGCGGCAGGAAGGGGGCACGCCCCCCAGGACUCACAGCGAGGUGGGGGCCACGCCCUCCCCCGCCAACCUCCACCCUGUCCCUGUCGCCAGCACGGCCGGCUGGGAAGCACAAACCGACCCGCCCCCCCAGGGACCAGCCCCGGGGGCCCUGGGAGCGGGGCCAGGGGCCCAGCCCGCACCCCAGGGCCCGGGGGGGCACACCCGGCACAUCCAGGUCAAGCCCAGCAGCAGCGACCCCUAUCGGGGCGAGGCGGUCACGAUCAUCCUGCCUAACCGAGCCCCAGGGGCCCCCGGGGAGGACGCAGCCGAACCCGGCCCUUCUGCGGCCGGGGGGGAGGGGGGUGUGGGCGCCUCCUCUAAAGAGAGCCCCCUGGUGGCACUGGGUGUGCUUUGCACCUCCUGCCUGCCGGACUCUGACGGCCUGCCCAGUCCCCUGCCCCCUCAGGGGCCGGAGGACCCCAGCCCUCUCCUCUGUCCCCGGGCCCCUGACUGCGGGGGGCCGGAGCAGGGCGCGGCCCCCACCGCGCCCACGGCCCCUGGAAACGGCCCCUCCCAAAGCCUUCCCUCUGAGCACACUGCCAUAACGGACCCGUCCCCCGCUCUGGCCCCGCCCGCUCCCGCCGCGGCCCCGGCGGCCAGCAGCAGCAGCAGCAGCGACAGCGUGGGCCGGGGCCUGGUGGAGAACCACUUCUGCUCGCGCUCCAGCACCGACGUGUCCGAGAGCAGCCCGCUGGAGAUGGCCGACAUCACGCUCUCCGUCCAGCAGGGGGAGCCGGAGGACGAGCAGGACCUGGAGAUGAUCGAGAACGGCUACCACGAGGAAGAGGACGCGGGCGCGGCCUACGCCAACGGGCUGGAGGACGGGGAGGAGUUCACGGACGCCGGGUGCGGGGGCAACCGCUGGAGCCAGCUGCUGAGCCUGGAGCAGUUCUGCGAGGGGGCGGUGCUGCUGGACGGAGGCUCCGCCCACCGGCCCUCCCUCCCCUCCGGCUCCGCCCGCCCGCAGGUCAGGAGGGGCUCCGCCCGAAAGCUGCUCCCGUCCGGCCUGGCCUCGUCCGGGCGCUGGUACGAGAGCUCGCCCGCCCCGCAGAGGAACACUUUUCUCCAGGCCAAAGAGGCCCUGCAGCAGUUGCACCUGCCGGGGUUCCUGUACAGUGAGGCUGCAGAGCUGGCCUCCCGGGUGCCGUACUUCAUCGGAGAGGAGGACCAGGGCUCUGACGAGGGCGUCCAUCUUGUGGUCUGUGUCCAUGGCCUGGACGGUAACAGCGCAGACCUGCGGUUAGUGAAGACCUACCUGGAGCUGGGCUUACCUGGCGCUCACAUCGAGUUCCUCAUGUCCGAGCGCAACCAGAACGACACCUUCGCCGAUUUCAACACCAUGACGGACCGUCUGCUGGAGGAGAUCCUGCAGCACAUCAGGCUCUACCACCUCACCGUGUCCAGGAUCAGUUUUGUGGGUCACUCCCUGGGGAACCUGAUCGUGCGCUCGGUGCUGACCCGGCCCGGGUUCCGCUGCUACCUGAGCAGACUGCACACCUUCCUGUCCCUCUCUGGGCCUCACCUGGGGACCCUGUACAACAGCUCCGCCCUGGUCAACACAGGUCUGUGGUUCAUGCAGAAGUGGAAGAAGUCGGGCUCCUUGCUGCAGCUGACAUGCCGUGACCACACCGACCCCCGGCAGACCUUCCUGUACCAGCUCAGUCAAAAAGCAGGCCUGCAGUUCUUUAAGCACGUGGUGCUGGUGAGCUCUCUGCAGGACCGCUACGUCCCGUAUCACUCCGCUCGCAUCGAGAUGUGCAAACCAGCCCUGAAGGACCGGCAGUCAGGUCCAGUGUACACGGAAAUGAUCCAGAACCUUCUCCUGCCGGUGCUGCAGAACGCGGACUGCAGCCUGGUGCGCUACGACGUGGUGCACGCCCUGCCCAACACCGCCAACUCCCUGAUCGGCCGGGCCGCCCACAUCGCCGUGCUGGACAGCGAGGUCUUCCUGGAGAAGUUCUUCCUGGUGGUGGGCCUCCACUACUUCCGCUAGCGCCCCCUUGCCCUCCUGUGAGGAGCCUGGGGCCCCCUCGCCCUCCUCUGAGGAGCCUGGGGCCCCUCGCCCUCCUGUGAGGCGCCUGGGGCCCCCUCGCCCUCCUGUGAGGAGCCUGGGGCCCCC